CCCUUCCCGGCCCCUCCGGCGGCGGCUCCGGGCGGGCACAAGCUGUACCUGUGCCACUGCGGGAAGGCCUUUUCCCACCGCUCCAUGCGGGAGCGCCACGUCAACAUGCACCUGGACCUGCGGCCCUUCGGCUGCCCCCAGUGCCGCAAGCACUUCAAGAUGAAGCACCACCUCACCGAGCACAUGAAGACCCACACGGGGCUGCGGCCCUACACCUGCCCCGCCUGCCAGCGCCGCUUCAUGUGGAGGGACAGCUUCGUGCGGCACCGCGGGCACUGCCAGGGGGCACAGGGGGCACAGGGAAUGGGAUAGGGGACACUCGGGAUACCUGGGAUCCAGGGAGAGCUUCGUGCGGCACCGCGGGCACUGCCAGGGGGCGCAGGGGGCGCAGGGAAUGGGGUAGGGGACGGGAAUGGGG